CCUUCUCCUCUGCGCCCAACAAGGGACCCUCCACACCACAGACAUGUCCUGCUACGACAUCUGCCGCCCCUGCGGACCCACCCCGCUGGCUAACAGCUGCAACGAGCCCUGUGUCAGGCAGUGCGAGGACUCCCACGUCGCCAUCCAGCCUCCCACCGUGGUGGUCACCCUGCCAGGACCCAUCCUCAGCUCCUUCCCCCAGAACACCGCCGUUGGAUCCUCCGCAUCAGCUGCCGUGGGCAGCAACCUCAGCUCCCAGGGAGUGCCCAUCUCCUCCGGUGGCUUUGGAGGCUUUGGCCUUGGAGGCCUGGGCUGCUUCUCUGGCGGAAGAGCCUGCUACCCCUGCUAAGGACCCACACCAACACCCCUGACUGAAGCCUCCAACUCCAUG